GUGAAAGAAUUGAAAGACACGUCGACAGUGAACCAAAACACUCUCCUUUCAUCUAAAUCACAUUAAAUGUUACAUAUUCCUGUUAUUAACAGAUUUUAGUAUCUUUAUAAUUCACACUUGUGUCUCCAACACACCAACAAUGGAUAAAAACGGAGGUUUGGUGUUAGCUACUGAGAGAUACGGCAGCGGACAGACUUGGAAAUAUUCAGUAAGUGAUGGAGUGAUGAAGAGGACGAGGGAUGGGAGUGAAGCUGGGUUAAGGAGCCACUCAGUUGUUGAACUCUUUAAAAGCGUCUUUCUGCCUCAAGGAUACCCAGAAAGUGUCAGCAGUGAUUAUCUUCAGUACCAGUUCUGGGAUACUCUUCAGGCUUUCUCCAGUUCUCUGUCGGGGACUCUGGCCACUCAGGCUUCCCUCAGAGGUGUUGGUGUUGGAAACCAGGAGGCAACUGUAGCUGCAGCCACAGUUACCUGGUUAUUACGAGAUGGAACUGGGAUGUUGGGAAGAAUCCUCUUUGCCUGGAGGAAAGGGAGUAAGCUGGACUCAGAGGCUAAAAAGUGGAGGCUUUUUGCUGAUGUUCUCAACGACAUUGCAAUGUUCAUGGAAAUCUUGGCUCCCCACUUUCCGGCCUGCUUCACUUUGAUAGUUUGCACUGCAGGAAUAUUCAAGUCUAUUGUUGGCGUCGCCGGAGGAGCGACCAGAGCUGCACUCACUGUUCAUCAGGCGCGCAGGGACAACAUGGCGGAUAUCUCUGCCAAAGAUGGCAGUCAGGAGACUUUGGUCAAUCUUGCUGGUUUGCUGGUCAGCCUGUUACUGAUUCCUCUUGUCACUGAUAACCCAGUCCUGACCCUCUCUCUCUUCUUCCUUUUUACUGUCCUUCACCUCUUUGCCAACUACAAAGCUGUGCGUUCGGUUGUCAUGGAAACCUUCAACGAGGCGCGGCUUUCCAUCGUGAUGCAGCAGUAUCUGAAGGACAGACGAAUCCUGAGUCCAUCUGAGGCGAAUCAGAGAGAACCCGUAUUCCUACAGUUUGGAAAAGCCACACCAGUUAAACUUGGCGUCAGGUUACAGGAUGUUGCUCAGAGCCCAGAGGAACUGAAUUUGGCUUUAAAGGAAAACAACAUGCCCUUCCUGUUGGGAAUCAGAAACGGCUGCAUUUGUGUCUGUUUGGGAACAGACGCAUCAGUUCGUGAUGAAAUCAGAGCGAUGUGCCAGGCUGCAUGUGUCAGCAACAUACUGAGUUGCCCAACCGCUUUGAAAUCAACGCAGCAAAAUUUGUGGGAAGUUGUGCACGAGAGUCAGAAGCAGAUGGACGCACAUUUCUCUCCAUUCCUCAAAGGUGUUAAAGCUGCAGGAUGGGACACAGAAAGGACUUUGCUGGACUGGGAUGAGUGGCGAGUGGAGUGGAAAACAAAGAACAGCUGAGCUGCUUUUUAUUUUAUUAAACGUCUGUAUUUCUAAAUGUUUUAUAAUUCAUUUAAAAUGAAAAUGUAACAGCUCUGAGACAUUGUGGAAGAAUGUAAAUAUUUUUGUAUAAUUUCUUAAUAAAAAGAAUAAUUAAACUG